GACGAUGACUUCUGAGGUCUCAAGUAAUCAUCACAAAACCCAGGGAGCGGAACUGUCAGUCCCACCCCACGAAAGCGGCUACUGAAUCCCAGAUUGCCCCACGAUCCCGGUUCUGCGAGUGAGGUCACGUUCACAAAGCCGGGAAUUUCCACAGCGGUGACACACGGCACUUCCGGCCGGCCGUGAGAGUCAGUGACGUGGCAGCGAGGCUAGGCACGGUCGUCGGGGUCGGGACACCAGGAGCUGUCAGGUGCCCUCGGGGCAACCCCGCUGGAAGAAAAGAGCUCGCCGGCAGCCGCUGCGGCAGCGAGGCCGGAGCCGGAAGUGCCACGUGUCCUGAUUGCGGCUGCGCGGCCGGGGGCUGACAGACACUUCCGGCCGAGGCCUCCUUCCUUCUAGGUUUGGCUGCCUCCCUGUAGCCCUGCAUUCGCGGCCCCGCCGGCCCGACUUUCUAGCCUCAGUUCCCAGGCUAGGCCGUGGCCGCCGGUGGCCUGGGGAGAGUGCGGCGCCAUGCCUCGGGCUUGAUGCGCCGCCCUCUCUUUUCCCAGUCUUCAGUCUUAAGUUGUUAGCCUCCUCCCUCCGCUUUCAGCAGUUGUCUUUCAGCUCUGUUCUUGGCCCUGUUGUCGACCCGGACCAGCCCCUUCCAACCCAGAUAACCGCCGUCGUCAUGUCCCAGCCGGGAAUACCGGCCUCCGGCAGCGCCCCAGCCAGCCUCCAGGCCCAGAACGGAGCCGCCUCGGCCUCGGGGUCUCCCUACGCUAACGGUCCUGUCCAAAACGCAUUGCUGUCUUCACAAGAGUCAGUGAGCCAAGGAUACAGUUUCCAGCGUCCGGGAUCCUACCCUCAUCUAAUACCAGCAAAGACUUUGAAUCCAGUCUCUGGACAGUCUAACCAUGGUAGUUCUCAGGGAUCUGGUCAGACUUUUAAUAGACCACCCGUGGCCUCUAAUCCAAUGACACCUUUGCUUCAGAGUGAUCCUGCUCCCCGAUUGCCAUUACCUGCUUCUCAGAACCCAUCUUCUACACCAUUGCCUUCUGGUAGCUUUCUUCCUGGAGCCAAUCUGCCACCACCUUUGAAUUGGCAAUAUAACUAUCCCUCCACAGGCUCACAAACAAACCAUUGUCCUCGUGCAUCAUCCCAACCAACUGUGUCUGGAAAUACAAGUCUAACCACAAACCAUCAAUAUGUUUCUUCUGGAUAUCCUUCACCUCAAAAUACCUUCAUAAAGUCAGGUUCAUCUGUACCUCCCUUAGUGAAUCCACCUCUGCCUACAAUUUUUCAACCAGGAGAUCCUCAUGGGCCCCCUCCAGCUGGAGGCCCACCCCCAAUAAGCGUCCUCACGCCCCAGAAAUCAUCAUAUAGACAUGUACCCCAGCCCUCAUUUAAUUCGUCCGUCAAUCAAGAAGGUAUUACAUCAAAUACCAAUAAUGGAUCUAUGGUGGUCCACAGUAGCUACGAUGAGAUUGAAGGAGGUGGCUUCUUGGCAACACCACAGCUUACUAACAAGAAUCCCAAAAUGAGCCGAAGUGUUGGAUAUUCAUAUCCCUCCUUACUGCCUGGUUAUCAGAACAUACCACCUGGUGCAACUGGAGUGCCACCCUCUUUGAAUUACUCAAGUGGGCCACAAGCCUUUACUCAGACUCCCUUAGGUGCUAAUCAUUUAACCACAAGCAUGAGUGGAUUAAGUCUACAUCCAGAGGGUCUAAGAGUUGUCAAUCUUCUUCAAGAAAGAAACAUGCUUCCAUCAACACCUUUGCAGCCUCCAGUUCCAAAUUUGCAUGAAGACAUCCAGAAACUCAACUGUAAUCCAGAGUUAUUUCGAUGCACACUGACUAGCAUUCCUCAGACUCAGGCCUUACUGAAUAAAGCCAAACUUCCUUUGGGGCUGCUGCUUCAUCCUUUCAAAGACUUAGUGCAGUUGCCUGUGGUUACCUCCAGUACCAUUGUGAGAUGCCGUUCAUGCAGGACGUACAUCAAUCCUUUUGUCAGCUUUCUUGAUCAAAGGAGAUGGAAGUGUAACUUAUGUUAUCGAGUAAAUGAUGUUCCUGAAGAGUUCUUGUACAACCCUUUGACCAGAGUUUAUGGAGAACCUCACAGAAGACCUGAAGUUCAAAAUGCUACUAUUGAGUUUAUGGCUCCUUCAGAAUACAUGUUACGACCACCUCAACCUCCAGUGUAUCUCUUUGUAUUUGAUGUGUCUCACAAUGCAGUCGAAACUGGAUACUUGAAUUCAGUUUGCAAGAGUUUGUUAGACAAUCUGGAUUUGCUUCCUGGCAACACUAGAACAAAAAUUGGGUUCAUAACGUUUGACAGUACAAUCCAUUUCUACAGUCUUCAAGAAGGUCUCUCUCAACCUCAGAUGCUAAUAGUUUCAGAUAUCGAAGAUGUUUUUAUACCUAUGCCAGAGAACUUAUUAGUAAACUUAAAUGAAAGUAAAGAGCUUGUACAAGAUUUACUGAAAACAUUGCCACAAAUGUUUACCAAGACUCUGGAGACCCAGAGUGCCUUGGGUCCUGCACUUCAAGCUGCCUUUAAGCUGAUGUCUCCAACUGGUGGUCGAAUGUCUGUUUUUCAAACACAACUCCCAACUCUUGGAGUGGGAGCCCUGAAACCACGAGAGGAGCCUAACCACAGGUCAUCUGCUAAGGAUAUACACCUGACACCAUCCACUGACUUCUAUAAGAAAUUAGCCUUGGACUGUUCUGGUCAGCAAGUAGCUGUUGACUUAUUCCUUCUCAGUGGACAGUAUUCUGAUUUGGCUUCUCUGGGUUGUAUUUCUCGGUAUUCAGCAGGUAGUGUCUAUUACUAUCCCUCUUACCAUCAUCAACACAACCCAGUCCAAGUACAGAAAUUAGAGAAAGAACUACAGAGAUACCUUACUCGGAAGAUUGGCUUUGAAGCAGUCAUGAGGAUUCGGUGCACCAAAGGUAGGAAUACGUAUUUUUUUACAUAUAAUCUUUUGUUAUAUAUAGUUGCCUCUCACUGUUGUUUUUGCUUUUUCCCCAAAGGUGAAAGAAGAAUUCGUGUUCAUACUUUGUGUUUGCCAGUAGUUUCUACUCUAAAUGAUGUGUUUCUUGGAGCUGAUAUUCAAGCAAUUUCAGGGUUAUUGGCCAAUAUGGCUGUUGACAGAUCCAUGACUGCCAGUCUGAGUGAUGCUCGGGAUGCUCUAGUGAAUGCAGUCAUUGACUCCCUUUCUGCCUACCGUUCUUCAGUCUUAAGUAACCAGCAGCCUGGAUUGAUAGUUCCUUUUUCUUUGCGGCUUUUCCCACUUUUUGUGUUGGCUCUCCUUAAACAGAAAUCAUUCCAGACUGGGACAAAUGCACGUCUAGAUGAACGCAUUUUUGCAAUGUGUCAAGUGAAAAAUCAGCCCUUGGUUUACCUUAUGCUCACAACUCAUCCCAGUUUGUAUAGAGUUGACAAUCUCUCAGAUGAGGGAGCACUCAACAUCAAUGAUAGAACCAUACCUCAGCCCCCCAUUCUUCAGCUUUCAGUAGAGAAGCUGAGCAGAGAUGGAGCUUUCCUCAUGGAUGCAGGCUCUGUACUCAUGCUUUGGGUUGGAAAAAAUUGUGCACAGAGUUUUCUCAGUCAAGUUCUAGGAGUUCAAAACUAUGCAUCAAUUCCACAGCCUAUGACAGACCUUCCAGAACUUGAUACACCAGAAUCUGCCAGAAUAAUAACUUUCAUCUCUUGGCUUAGAGAGCAGAGACCAUUCUUCCCAAUACUUUAUGUAAUAAGGGAUGAGAGUCCAAUGAAAGCAAACUUCCUUCAAAACAUGAUAGAAGACAGAACAGAAUCUGCAUUAUCAUAUUAUGAAUUCCUGUUGCAUAUACAGCAACAAGUGAAUAAAUGAACAAAUGACGAAGUUUGACUUAAUUAUUUCUAAGGAAUGUCACAAUAGUGCAGAAUACCUGGAAAUGUGUAAUACCUUCUUUUUCUAUCGUUUGUGGACUAAUGUGUUGAUUGAGAUGUUCUCACUGUGAUUUCAACAACCUAUAGCAAAUAAAAGACCACAGCAGAGAAGCAAACAUGCAACUUUGAAAUAUUGUAUUUUUCAAAUCAGAAUCUAGCUACAUAUGAUUGGAUACUUUUUUCUUGCCAAUUAUGUUUGAGUUGUUAUGGAUUAAAAUAAGACAAGACAAUAUUGCAGAGGCAAAGUACAUUUUGUAAAAUAAAGAUUUCUGUGUUCUACAUGUA